AUGGGUAAUAUUGACUCAGGUGUGCACCAAACCGAUGCCCAAAAUUGCUCAUCGCAGCCGUCAUUUGUGCGCGACCCAUAUCCAUCAAAGCCUCUCGCCAACGCGAUUGACAACCGAGAGUUUCAGUUUUUGGCAGGAGCAAAUGUACGGCCACUCUUCGAUUUUGUUUCGCCGUGGACUACCCUUGAAAGUUGCAGAGAUCGAUUGAAGUCUCCUAAGAAUGGAAGAGGAUGUUGGUGCCUAAAAGACUUACAUUGUGGCGGAGGCUGCGAGUGCCGGAGCUGGAGGCGCGCGUCAGGAGUCGCUGACCACCUGGAUACCUGGACUGGAGCCACCCUCAUCGCGACAUUCUCGACCUCAAAGACUGUUUCUGACUGAAGACUCAAAGACUGUUUCUGACUGAAGACUCAAAGACUGAAGUCCCGAAAAUAAAAGCUUCCAC